AUGCAGCAAACUUCACUGUUGUUUUAUUUUAAGAAAUUGCCACAGCCAGCCCAACCUUCAGUAACUGCCACCCUCAUCAGUGAGCAGCCAUCAACAUGGAGGCAAGACCCACCAUCAGCAAAAAGAUUACAACUCACUGAAGGCUCAGAUGAUGUUGGAGUCAUAGUGGUGGCCAAUUCAAGCCCUGUCAACCCUGAGGUGGUCUUUUAUGUCAGUUUUGGCAGCCAGGAAAUUGGCCACAUGAAGAUCAAGCUCUUUGCAGACAUUGUGCCUAAGAUGGCCAAGAACUUUAGGCAGUUCUGUACUGGAGAAUUAAGAAAAGAUGAGGUUCUAAUAGGAUACAAAGGGAGCACUUUCCACAAGGCCAUACAGGAUUUCAUGAUUCAGGGUGGAGAUUUUUUUAACAGAGACUGUACUGGAGUUGCCAGUAUUUACUGGGGGCCAUUUGCAGAUGAAAAUUUUAAACUCAGGCACUCAGCUCCAGGCCUGCUUUCUAUGGCAAACAGUGGUCCCAGUACAAUUGGCUGUCAAUUCUUUAUCACUUGCUCUAGGUGUGAUUGGCUGGGUAGAAAGCACGUGGUGUUUGGAAAAAUCACUGAUGGACUUCUAGUGAUGAGAAAGACUGAGAAUGUUCCCAUAGGCCCCAACAAUAAGCCCAAGCUGCCUGUGGUGAUCUCAGUGUGGGGAGAUGUAGUCCAGAACAAAACUAAAUCAGACCUCCAUCUCUUUGCCUUUGUAGGCCUGCCCUUGCUCUGGGUGAUGCUCUUGAGUAAAAUAAUCUGGAAUGGUCCAUUUACUUGCCUGUUUGCUGUUGCCCUGUUUGUUCAAGGGACCUUGGAAGUAUCACUGAUUCAGAACCCAAGAUUUUUCGUGUUUUUCAACUGUAAAUAA